AGUACUGUAUAUAUCAUAGUUACAUGUUAUGCACUUUGCUCACAGUUUCCCAUACUUGCAGUGUCUCAGUUAUGGCGGCACUAGCAAAUGAACAAGAACAACCACCCACCACCACCACCACCACCACCACCGCAACCAUACAACAACCACUACCACCCUCCGAUGAGCUGAAGCUUCUAUCCUCCUACUUGGGUCUCAGCUUCACAAUUUUUCUUGGGUUCAUUCCAAAAUCUUCCAUCUCUUUGGUCUCGGCACUUCAAUCUCGCAACAGAGACCUCUCUCUCAAGCUCACCCAAGCCGAUGACCAGCUCAGGCAGCUUCACUCACGCCGGAAAGAGGACUCCAAGGCCAACGCGCGCGUCGUCGAGAUCUUCGCGAGCCACCGCCACGCGUGGCAGCAGGAGGAGAAGCGGCUGUUGCAGCAGAUCGACGCCGCCUCGGAGGAGAUCGCGCAUCUGAGGGCGAAGAUUGAGGAGUUAGAGAAGGUGGAGGCUGAAUUGAAGGCCAAUGUGGAGGAGCUGAGGCGAGAGGUCGUCGAGAGGGACGAGCUUUUGAAUUUCAUGGCGAGGAAGUCGGAGUUUCAAGAUUCGUCUGAGGGGGAUGGUGGUGGUGGUUGUGGCGGCGAGUGUUGUUCGGAGGGGGUUUCUGGGUAUGGGAAAAUUAGGGUUUCGGAGGGUUUGGAUCCGGUGGCGGAGGAGUGUUUUCCUGGGAGAGGGGACUACAAUGUGGACCAAAUUGGUAGUGUGUAUGGACAGAGCAAUGGGUUCAGUUCUGAGUUCUUAAAUUCUUCUUCCAAGUUUUGGACUGAGAGAGCUAGUAUCUGGCAGGAUGUACAGUAUGAAUCCCUUGAAUCACCAUAUCAUUUGAAGCACUUUGUAGCAAGAAGGGAGUCCCCUUGGAAGGUAGAUGGCGAAGCAACUGGAGUUUCCUCUAAACUAAAGUUACUUGAACAGGAACUGCUGAAUUUGGAAACAGUUGGUAAAAGUGACCUAUCAAAGUUACCAUCACUGAUGAGAAAGCAAGCAAAGAGGUAUCAAGCUCUUUCAGGGAAGAUUGAUGAUCUAUGCAGAAGAAUGGAAAGUGAUCCAUGCGAACCUACCCUCAGUACAGAGUUCCGUACACAAAGACAAACAGAGUUUUUGCUUGAGGCAUUUCGAUUCCAGCAGCGAGCAUCUGAAACCGGACAGAAGCUUAUGUCAUUACAAGCUGAGACAGGGAAGAGCUAUUUUGGUGAUGAGCUGGAAGGCCAGGCCAAGCUGGCCACUAGGCGGUCCUUGGACUCCAUUAGAAACAACUUCAAAGAAAUCCAGAGAAACUUGGAAAUAUGGUUGGCCAGAAUUAUUGGAGAUCUCGAAGGGAUUCUGGCCAGAGAUGGUGCUUCGCGUGUAAGGGACUACUAUAUUUCUAGAUAUCCUUUUGUUCAAUAGAAAUAUCCACUGAUAUUCUCGAAUCUUGACCUAACAAAUAUAUAUAUAUAUAUAUAUAUAUAUAUAUUUCCUCUUUUGGUGAUCCAAUGAUCAAUGCCAUUGAAGUGGACUGCAUAUAUGAAAUAGUUUUAUUGUAGAAUGGAGACAUCAUGAAAGAAAAAGUAAAUCAUAAGGAGUUAGUGAUCACGCUAGGAAGAAAGGUAGGUUGUGAGUCCAGAACCAAAAGGUUGGGUUUGCAAAGCUGCUCAGAAUGUGUAGCUUUUUUAAUUUGCGGGUGAUGCAAGCAUUUACUGGUUUCUAAUGGAGUUGUUGUCACAAGAAGCAAUAUGAAAAACAAUGUGGUAAAUUACUCUGACGCCCCAGAGGUUUGUCAUAUUGAUAUAAGUUAGGUUUUUUUUUAACAAUGAAAUCCUCUAAGUUUGAUAAAGUUAGUAAAUAAAUUCA